CUGAACUCAACCGGAGGGAAAUCUAAUUGUUGUGUUCCUUCCUUUCACAGACCGAUCGCUGAUAAAGUCAGAAUAGUUCGGAACAAGAGACGGCGAGAAAAGGGAAUGCGAAGAAGAUAACGGUAUAGAGAAAAGGCACUAUGAACAAAGUCGAAGCAGGCAAUGAGCUCGGCUUCCGGGUCGGAUUCUCCGGUCAUGGUGGUCACCUCCGCGUCGAGCCUUUUUACACGGCCGAGAGAGACGACGCACUGAACUCACUUCCCGAUUUUGUAUCCCCUCCUGCAUUUGCCAAGGAAACAAAAGAAUCAAUAAAGAAACAUAUUGAGGAGAAGUAUCUCAUCCCGAGACUGGAACCGGAUCAGUUUUCUGCUGAAAAAGCUGAGAAUCAGUGGGAUUUUGAUUGGUUUUCCAGGGUGAAGAUGCCCCUUCAACCCUCUUUGCCAAGGUCCGUUGUGGUUCCGACUUGGGAGUUGCCAUUCAGGCGUCAAAAAGAGGAUACUGAGAACGGAGCAUGGGAGCCAAAAUCAGUGGAGGUAACUCAUUUCUUUCUUUUCAAAUCGUGAAUUAUCUUAAAUAAACUAGUUCAUUUAGACAGUGAUAUUCUCCUAGAAUCUGGAACAUGUUUGGUAGAAAAAUGACCUGCUAUUAGCUUUCUGUUUCUGACUCUAGUUGGAGAAAUGGAUUGUCAUAUUAUGUUAGGUGGAUUUGUCAGAACAAAUGUAUGGGGAUCAAGAUUCUGGAUUUUUUCCACGAAUGGUAGGACCUCCGAAGGAUUUUCUGAGAGGAAGUGUCAACAAUCGCCCUUUCCGUCCAGGUGGCUUGGAGGAUUCACAGUCUUCAGAGAGAGUCCUUCCAGAGGGUGUCUCUAGUGGCCAAUGGGUACAGGAAUUGCUCAAUGGGGGUCCUGCUCAAACUGUUCCUCCUAGUUUUAAGCAGAGUUUAGAUCUUGGAGAUCUGAUGCCAUAUCCCCAAACAUGGAGCGUUUAUGAGGAUCAUAGUUCACAUGGCAAUGCUUCAGAUGAAAAUUCGAGCAAGUUGUCUAUUCAGUUUGACGAUCUGUUCAAGAAGGCAUGGGAAGAAGAUACUUUCUCUGAACUUGAGGGAGAUGAUCAUACAGCUGGAUCUGAGUCUCCAAAGGCGGAAGCUGAACCCGAUGCUAAAGCGAGCAUAAGCAAUGAAGUCAGCAAAGGACUAGAGACUGACGUCACUGUGCUGGAUGAGAUUUUGUCAUCAGCAAAAACAGCAAUAAUGUCUGAAGAGGCAGUUACUGGGAGCAGCGAUAAACAACUACGGAAAGAGGGAUGGGCCACUAAAGGAGAUAGCCAAGACAUUGCAGACCGGUUUUAUGAGCUUGUUCCUGACAUGGCGAUUGAAUUCCCUUUCGAAUUGGACAACUUUCAGAAGGAGGCUAUCUGUUGUUUAGAAAAGGGAGAGUCUGUUUUUGUAGCAGCACAUACAUCGGCGGGGAAGACAGUUGUUGCAGAAUAUGCAUUCGCUUUGGCCACCAAGCACUGUACACGAGCGGUUUAUACUGCUCCAAUUAAAACCAUCAGCAACCAAAAAUACAGAGAUUUUUGUGGGAAGUUUGAUGUAGGACUUCUCACAGGUGAUGUUAGCAUAAGGCCAGAGGCAUCUUGUCUGAUCAUGACAACUGAAAUAUUAAGGUCAAUGCUUUAUCGUGGUGCUGAUAUCAUACGUGAUAUAGAAUGGGUUAUAUUUGAUGAAGUUCACUAUGUCAAUGACGUAGAGAGAGGGGUUGUUUGGGAAGAAGUCAUCAUCAUGUUGCCAAGGCAUAUAAAUUUUGUCCUCCUUUCUGCAACGGUGCCAAACACAUUUGAAUUUGCUGAUUGGAUUGGCCGAACAAAACAAAAGGAGAUACGUGUUACUGGCACGACAAAAAGACCAGUUCCCCUAGAGCAUUGUCUUUUUUACUCUGGAGAACUCUACAAAGUUUGUGAGAACGAAGUUUUUCUUUCAAAAGGGAUAAAGGAUGCUAAAGAUUCACAAAAGAAGAAGAAUUCAAAUGCAGUUAGUGUUGCACCUAAACAACAAAUGGGAUCUUCAGCUCAUCAAGAUGGGAGCAAAUCUCAGAAACAUGAAGCUCAUUCUCGUGGCAAGCAGAAUAAACACUCAAGUGUAAAAGAUGUGGGAAAAUCCUCUUACAGUGGUAACAGUCAGAACAAUGGGGCAUUUAGACGAUCAGCAGCUUCAAAUUGGUUACUGCUUAUCAACAAGCUUUCAAAAAUGUCCCUAUUACCUGUGGUUGUCUUCUGUUUCUCGAAGAAUUAUUGUGAUAGGUGUGCCGACGCCUUGACUGGGACCGACCUCACCAGUAGCUCUGAGAAAAGUGAAAUCCGUGUCUUUUGCGAUAAAGCGUUUUCAAGAUUGAAAGGGUCUGAUCGGAAUUUACCUCAGGUUCUCAGACUCCAAAGCUUACUUCAUAGAGGAAUUGGUGUUCAUCAUGCUGGGCUGCUUCCAAUUGUAAAGGAAGUUGUUGAAAUGCUUUUUUGCCGUGGUGUUAUUAAGGUGCUAUUUUCAACGGAGACAUUUGCCAUGGGGGUUAAUGCUCCAGCUAGAACGGUCGUUUUUGAUGCUUUGAGGAAGUUUGAUGGCAAGGAAUUUAGACAAUUGCUUCCUGGAGAGUACACUCAAAUGGCAGGACGUGCUGGCAGAAGAGGACUUGACAAAACGGGCACAGUUGUUGUCAUGUGUCGCGAUGAAGUUCCAGAUGAGAGUGAUCUGAGGCGUGUAAUUGUUGGAAGCGCAACAAGACUAGAAUCUCAGUUUCGACUAACCUACAUAAUGAUCCUCCAUCUUUUACGUGUUGAAGAAUUAAAGGUGGAGGACAUGCUGAAAAGAAGUUUUGCUGAAUUUCAUGCCCAGAAGAAACUACCCGAGAAACAACAGCUUCUCAUGAUAAAACGUUCUCUACCAACUAAACAUAUUGAAUGUAUUAAAGGUGAACCGGCAAUUGAAGAUUACUAUGACAUGUACAUGGAAGCAAAUGAAUAUAACAACAAGAUGUCGGAAGCGGUCAUGCAGUCUCCUUAUGCCCAGAGUUUUCUUGUACAAGGAAGAGUAGUGGUCAUGAAAUCUGGAAUGGGCAUAGACAAUUUACUCGGAAUCGUUCUGAAGGGACCUUCCAACACUAACAGACAAUAUGUUGUUUUGGUGAUAAAAUCUGAAAUACCGCCACCGGAGAAAAAUAUGGUCAGCAUUGGCAAGAAAAGUUCAGAUCCUUCUCAAGGUUAUUUUAUUGCGCCUAAAUCAAAACGUGGUUUUGAAGAAGAAUUUUAUACAAAGCCGAGCUCUCGUAAAGGUCCCGUUGUAAUAAAGAUAGAGCUCCCGUACCAUGGGGUUGCUGCUGGUGUAGGUUACGAGGUUAAAGGGUUUGAUAACAAAGAAUUUUUGUGCAUAUGCGAUAGCAAGAUAAAGAUUGAUCAGGUGCGCCUACUCGAGGAUGGGAACAAGGCAGCUUUUUCUCAGACGGUUCAACAGCUUCUGGAUCUGAAAUCAGACGGAAACAAAUUUCCUCCUGCUCUAGACCCAGUAAAAGAUUUGAAGCUGAAAGAUGCUGAGCUUGUGGAGACAUACUAUAAAUGGACCAACCUAUUGCAAAAGAUGUCCAUGAAUAAGUGCCACGGUUGUGUCAAAUUGGAAGAGCACAUGAAGUUAGCUAGGGAGAUUAAGAAGCAUAAGACGGAUCUCAAAGAUCUUGAAUUUCAAAUGUCUGAUGAAGCCCUAUUACAAAUGCCUGCCUUUCAGGGCCGGAUCGAUGUUCUGAAGAACAUUGGGUGUAUAGAUGAUGACCUCGUCGUCCAAAUCAAAGGUCGUGUCGCUUGCGAGAUGAAUUCUGGGGAAGAAUUGAUUUGCACAGUGUGUCUGUUCGAGAAUCAAUUCGAAGAAUUAGAACCAGAAGAAGCAGUGGCUAUAAUGUCUGCCUUUGUCUUCCAACAGAAAAACACUUCAGCGCCUACACUAACUCCUAAGCUGGCUAAGGCUAAACAAAGACUCUAUGAUACAGCAAUCAGACUUGGUGAACUUCAAGCUCAGUACAAUUUACAAAUAGACCCUGAAGAAUAUGCUCAGGAGAAUCUCAAAUUUGGUCUGGUCGAAGUCGUCUAUGAGUGGGCAAAGGGGACUCCAUUUGCAGAGAUAUGUGAACUGACAGAUGUCCCGGAAGGUCUGAUAGUUCGAACCAUUGUGAGAUUGGAUGAGACAUGCCGUGAAUUCAAGAACGCAGCUGCCAUUAUGGGGAACUCGGCGUUACACAAGAAAAUGGAUGCAGCUUCAAAUGCCAUAAAACGUGACAUCGUCUUUGCGGCUAGUCUGUAUGUGACCGGAGUGUAA